AUGUCUCAGCAUCCGACGAAAUUCGACGUUCACCACCACUUUGUGCCGGACUUCUAUGUUGAAGCUCUGGAGGCGAAUGGUGGUGAUCCUAGUGGAUGGACGAUACCAAAAUGGACAUUGGAAUCCAGCGAGACUCUGAUGGAAAAUAUCGGCAUUGGAACAACUAUCUUUUCAAUGACUGCACCGGGUCCGUCCAUUCACAAAGAUCCUUCAGAGGCUGCAAGUUUGGCAAGGAAAACGAAUACUUUCGCAGCCGCAGUCAGGGAUAGCAACCCGCAGAAAUUCGGGUUUUUCGCGGCCUUACCCUCUCUAUUGAAUAAAGAGUCAGCCAUUUCGGAAAUCCGCUACGCAAUCGAUGAGCUCAAGGCCGAUGGUGUUACGCUGUUCACCCGAUAUGGGCCCGAUAACCACUACCUUGGCCACCCCGAUUUUCAGGAGAUUUGGCAAGAGUUGAACGACCGCUCCGCUGUCGUCUUUGUACACCCAACCCACGGCGUCGAUACCAAUCUAGUCGCGCCCUCGCUUCCUCAGCCCAUGAUUGACUAUCCCCACGAGACUACACGGACAGCGAUGGAUAUCAUCCUUUCCGGAACAGUUCGAAAGUACAAGAACUGUAAGAUCAUCUUGUCGCAUGCAGGUGGUACGCUUCCAUAUUUGGCCCUCCGUGUGGCAGCAAUGAUGCCACAUACGCCAUUUGGAAAAUCGAACGGCCUAUCCACGGAUGAAAUUAUUGAGGACGCAAAGUCGUUCUACUUUGAUCUUGCACUUAGCGGAAAUGAGUUUACUUUGGGGCUGCUCUUGAAAUUCGCCAAGCCAGGCCAUAUACUUUUUGGAAGCGACUUCCCUUACGCACCAACGAAAGGGAUAGAAUACUUCACAGAGAGCUUCGAUAAAUAUGAGUUUUCAGAAGAAGAGAGGGCUGCAAUCAACCGUGGAAAUGCGGAAGCGUUAUUCCCGCGGUUCCAAGUUGCGCAAUGA